UAAAGCAAAUGAUACACAAAGUUUUAUUGUGUUUGUUCAACCAACAUCUAAUAGAGAAUUAGGAACUAAAAAUUCCCAAUCAGGUGAAAAAUCAUCCAAAGAUGAAGCAAAGAAAAAGAAGAAUAAAUGUCGAGGCAAUCGUAAGCUGCAACGUUACAAAGCAAAACUUCGCAAACGGGGAUUCAAUAAUGAAGCAAUAACAGCAUUGAUCAACAAUUAUAAUCAAGCGAAUCAAGAUCAAAAUGUUGUACAAGAAUCUACUAUUCCAAAUAUAAAUAGAGAACAUCUAGUACCUAUAGAUAAUCAGGUAAUAUAA